ACACACGCACACACAAAUAAACACUCGCUCACGCACGCUAACGCACACGCACCAAAAAUACACCGAUUCACGGCGUUGAGUAUCGGAGUCUAUACGUACGGAAGUGCGCGCGUGUGUGUGUGUGUGUGUGUGUGUGAGUGUGCGUACGGUUUCUUUUUCUCAGCACACGCGCGCGGGCAUAAUAUUGUAUACAUAUAUCGACAUAAUAUUAUCGUACCGUUCCGCCGGCCGUAGAGUCGUUUGAACAAAAAUAAUAAAAAAAAAUUCUUAAAAAUUUCCGUUCGUGACCGUUUGUCGACGGCCGCGCGUCGUCACGCACACCGCCCCCGGGGUUGCCGCUGCCGAUCCUGUUCCACGACCCGCUCUGGUGACGGAAAAUCCGACAGAACAAUAAUCCCGCGACGAAAACGAUAACAAUAUUAUUACGAAUAUUUUUUGCCGUACGAUUUUCACGUCUCGCACAACCGCGACACGCGCUUGCGCUCUCUCGCUCGCUCCGUCCAUCCAUCGCAUCACACCGUCGUCGCCGCCGCCGCCACCCCGCCGCACUGGUUUGCCACUAUCGUCGGGACAGCGAUUACUUUUGGGCCACCGUCGCCGUAUGCGGAACAUGCUAGCGGCAUUUAGCUGAGCACACGGCCCGUCGUCGGAAAAUGUUAUAGCAGACACCGGCUGCGUGUUAAGUGCGACCGGACAAAGGUUUCGGACAGUUGCUAACAAUCAAACCACCGUCAGGUUCAUUAAUCAAAUGGCGCUGCCAAGUCGGGCGCGAGUUUAUGCUGAUGUAAAUUCUCACAAACCCAGAGAAUACUGGGACUAUGAAUCUUACACUGUUGAAUGGGGGCAGCAAGAUGACUAUCAAUUGGUACGAAAACUUGGUAGAGGUAAAUACAGCGAAGUAUUCGAAGCAAUUGAUGUAACCAAUAGUGAAAAAUGUGUUGUGAAAAUAUUAAAGCCCGUAAAAAAAAAGAAAAUCAAAAGAGAAAUAAAAAUUCUUGAAAAUUUGAGGGGUGGUACCAAUAUUAUAUCGCUGCAAGCAGUGGUUAAAGACCCUGUAUCCCGUACACCUGCUCUAAUAUUUGAGCAUGUUAACAAUAUGGACUUUAAACAACUCUACCAGACGCUGAAUGACUAUGAUAUUAGAUUUUAUCUCUAUGAGUUGCUCAAGGCAUUGGACUAUUGCCAUAGUAUGGGCAUCAUGCAUCGUGAUGUAAAGCCACACAAUGUUAUGAUCGACCACGAAAACAGAAAAUUGCGGUUAAUUGAUUGGGGUUUAGCAGAGUUUUAUCAUCCUGGUCAAGAAUACAAUGUGCGUGUUGCCUCCAGAUAUUUCAAGGGUCCAGAGUUACUCGCUGAUUAUCAGAUGUAUGAUUACUCAUUAGACAUGUGGUCACUGGGCUGCAUGUUGGCUAGCAUGAUAUUCAGAAAAGAGCCAUUCUUCCACGGACAUGACAAUUACGAUCAACUUGUGCGUAUUGCUAAGGUUCUAGGAACAGAAGAACUAUUUGAAUAUUUAGACAAGUAUCACGUUGAAUUGGAUCCAAGAUUUUCUGAUAUUUUAGGGAGGCAUUCAAGAAAACGGUGGGAGCGCUUUGUGCAUAGUGAAAAUCAACACCUUGUAACACCAGAAGCUUUAGAUUUCUUAGAUAAACUUUUGCGUUAUGAUCAUUUUGAACGGUUGACUGCUAGAGAAGCAAUGGAUCAUCCAUAUUUUUAUCCAGUAGUAAAAGAGCAGUCUCGAAUUAAUUUGGGCACAUCGUCUGUAUCUCCAACACCAAUUACAGCAGGUGGGAAUGGAAUAACUUCUCCAAAUGCUGUUGGCGUUCUACAGUGAGUUCCUCGAUGUGAAAAUGCUGCUUUUUUUGCUUUGGACAAAGUUAAUGAAAAAAAAACUUAAAAAAAAACAACACCUUUUUCUCAGGAAUAUCACACUCAAAAACAAUUUUGUUUUUUAUUUUUUACUUGUAUUAUUUCUAUUAAAAAAAAGGUUAUUAUUUAAUGUUUAGGUCUUUUAUGUAUAAAACAGUAAUAUUUUUCGUGCUGCAA